CGACCCCGGUGAAAGGGUCAUUUGACCCCCAAAGGGGUCACCACCCACAGAUUGAGAACCGCUGAUCUAGAGACCUUUUUGGACGUGUGAACUUGAACAUGCCUAUUAGACUUCUAAAUGGAGAUGUGUGAACUCGAAGAUGGUCAUUAGACUUCUACACGUAGCUACAGAUGUUCUGGCAACUGAAUAUAGAAGUCUCGUGUUGAUGGGGCAUCAGAACUGGGCAUACACCUGUGGGAGUGAGCUGCGUAAACCUUAAGUAGAUUUUAAAGCUUGGAUGACAGAAAAGCUACUGAAGAAGUCCUACUUUCGAGCCGAGACCUGGGGGACUCUCUAACAUCUAGAAUUUGGGGAGUGAAAAGGAGGAUGUCAGCAAAGAUGAAGAAGGAACAGUAAGGGAGGAGGAGGGAAACCAGGUGUCCUAGAAGCCAAGUGGAGAUAAUUCUUUCAGAAUGAUUAACUUUGUUGAAUUCUGCUGGGAAGUUGAGUAGGAUCAUCAGCCUUGCCCAUACUCUCCAUCCAAGCAACACAACGCCAGGACGUUGUUUUCACUCCCUAGUGCGCCUCCAGCCCUUAAAGUGGUGCCUACCACGUGGUCAGUGCUAGAUAAAUAUUUACAGCAUGCAUAAAUGGUAGAUACAUACGUAUUCAUUGACAAGGCCUACGUUCUUCCACGUGCGCACAAGAGAUGCGUGGGUAUUUCAAAUUGAAAAAUGACUUCAGCAGGAUUGGGAGAGGAAAUCAUGUUUAAGUUAGCACAUGGAUAUAUUAUGCCAAGUAACCCAUCACAAAAUGUACCCUUGUGUAUGUUUUCAACUUCAUUUCUUAUAUAUGUAGUUGUAUUUAUUAAAGGAAAGCAUGUCAGAUUAUCACUCUGGGUGAGGGAGUUGCAGGGUUUUUUAAUUAAACUCUUUUAGGUCUAUUGCAGUUUAAAUGAAGCACUAUAAAAACAUUGCCAAGUUUUUCCCAACUGUUUACCCACAUAUAUUUCCCAAGGUACUAUAUUUUAAGGUUUAGGUGAUCAAGUUUUCUACCAAAUAAUUAAAUUCCCAAUGUAGACUCAGGGUUAUGUGAGUUUACUGUGGGCAUUAUAUAAAAAGUAUUAGACUGAUUCAUGCAUCCAAGAAACUCAUGGUUAAAGUAAUGUAAUAAGUAGAAAACAAUAAAUUACUAUGUGGAUAAUUACUGUGCAUGCCAGAUUGGGAGAAAAAGAGGGAAGAUUAAUGGGUAGGUGGGCAGUUAAAGUUUUUUGUAAGAAGUGGGUAUAUUUAGUUGAAGAAUGUGCCUUAUUGGGACAGUUGGAUAUAGGAAGGCUAGUCUUCUUUUUUCCCCUUCUAAUUAGUACUUUCACUAUUAUGAAUAAUAAUUAGUGAGAAUUAAUCAUUAAAUCUCUUUCUUAAGAGCAUCAGCACCGUAAUGGCCAUAGCUGGAAUAACCUUGCUUAUAAGAAGUGUUCGACUGACAUCAAAAUUUACAAGUUCUUCAGAUAUUCCAGUAGAGUUUAUAAGAAGGAAUGUUAAAUUACGUGGACGAUUACGCCGAAUAACCGAGAAUGGUUUGGAAAUUGAACAUAUUCCAAUUACUCUACCUAUUAUAUCUUCAUGGAGAAAAGAGCCUUGUGGUGUUUUGCUGGUGAAGCUGGCUGGAGUAGAACUCACCGAAACUGGGAAGAUGUGGUUACAAAAUGAACUAAAACCUUCCCAACUUUUAUGGUUCCAACUUCUCGGAAAGGAGAAUUCAACACUCUUUUGCUAUCUUUUAGUGAAUAAGGGUAGAUAUUUUAGUGUGAGUCUGAAUGAAGAAAUUUUGAGAAGAGGCCUUGGCAAAACUGUUCUUGUUAAAGGGUUAAAUUAUGAUUCUAAAAUCUAUUGGAAAAUUCACAGAAACUUACUUAAAGCUGAAUUAACAGCCUUAAAAAAAGGAGAAGGAAUAUGGAAGGAAGAAUCUGAAAAAGAAAGUUAUUUGGAAAAAUUCAAAGACUCUUGGAGAGAAAUGUGGAAAAAAGACAGUUAUUUUAAAAAAACUGGAUCAGAUCUCAACCUGAAAAAAAGUUAUGACAAAUUUAGAAGUACUUAUGAAGCAUGGAAAGACCACUACUUAAUACUGAAGUUCAAAGAACUCAUGAGUCGCAUACACUUUCGUAGAAAAGGGUGAAAUAUUCCAAGAGGUCUGGAGGUGACCAACUCUGAAAAGAGUAAAACAUGUAAAUAUAUGGAUAUUUUUCAUUGAGUUGAAAUGGAAAUUUCCUGAAAUGAUCAAAGUCGUAUUCUAAUGGUAUUUAAAUAUUUAAAAGAUAAUUGUUACAAGUGUAAUAGAAUAAUUUAAACAAAUUGUGAUUAAUGUAAUAUAUUUUUAGGGAAAAAACAAUAAAAAGUCAGCAGGUUUGAAGGAUCUAUACAUGUAGUGCUAACAUUUGAAGAGUGAGUUUAACUAUUGGCUAUUGUGUUAUUUUGGUUACUUUGAGUAGCCAUGUUUAUUUUUCCAGUUUUAUCAACUUUGAUUAUUUAUAAUAAAGGAACUG